CCAAAUGUUUCGACCACUACGCAACCGUUUCUGGCUCUCUUUUAAUGAAAUGUGCAGACAAAUCCAAUGGGAAGGAAACAAUUACCGUAUUUGCAUAUGUGAGUGCUCGUUUUAAAUUACUAUUAAAUUCAAUUACGAUACGGACAAUCCCGUUGUCGGCAUCAGUGUGCGGUACUGCACUUGCACGGUGCAUUCUGUGCUGGCUGGACGACAACGAUUUUCCCGAAGACGUGCGCCCCGGACUAACUCUACACGGCACGAAUAUUUUCCGUUUUUCGUAGAGUUUACUCGCUGAUGUUUCAGUUUCAAUCCCCCCGAACGCUUCCUGCUGCAUACGCUAAUAUGUAGUUUGCAUUACAUAAUACCAUGUAUACUUGUAUGGAAGUACCGUCAUUCUUAUUUAUUUUCACUGUCACGACACCGAUUAUAUUUCAUUAAGCUUUGAUAUUUCACUUGAUAUUCCGGCACCGCGCUCCAGGGAAAUAAAGUCUGCGCAUCGCGAAUAUCUCGUACUUGUACACAUGUUUGUUGUCAUCGCAAUACUGCGCUAACGCCGAGUGUCUCUGCAUCCUCCCCCGAGUUUUGUCCGCGAUACUCGACAUAUUUUUAGGAUCGACGAUGAGUUACCAGAUGUUACGCCAACUGAACUUGCAGGACAAGUUGUGAUUAAUAUUUUGGAUGCAACCACUGACGACCGUUUAUCCCUCUCAUUUUCCGGUUGUGUAAUUGCAUGGACAUCAUGAACGAAAGUUUCAAACGCGCCGUAACACGACUUGUAUGCAGCUCAAGCGAGGUUCAACGCCGUCAAACAUUUUUCCUAAAAUAAACCCUGGACAAAUCGUUAAGGCUGUUGUGCGGGGCUGACAUUCGUGUCAAACGCCCCGAGAAUAUGCCAGUGGGAAUGUUUACUACUACUGCAUCGUAAAAUAAAAAAUACGGCAUCGUAUCAAUGCACAUCAUGAAAAGCGACAAAUCUAACAAGUAACCCUGAUCAUGAAAUCCUGCGUUUUAUGCCGCUACUCAACGGAUCGUUUUGUUCAUUCAACGACUCUAGAGCAACAUCUGAUCCCCCAAUUAAAACAGCGGCAAUUUAUCAGUUGUCCAUCUGAUUCGGGAUAUGAGAUGUGUUCCCCUUUGGUGUCAGUUUAAUUCCAGCGCAACGGCAACACGUAUACUACACGGUCACAAAACACGCUGCAUUCCGCUUGCAAUAAACAACCUAUCGCGCAAUGUCCGGUUCAACAUUCUGGAACAGGAUUAAGCUUUUCUACUUCCGCGUCUCACCGUCCCUGCUCGAGUAUCACACUCCAAGAACGCUUCUUGUCCGCUGCAGAUAUCUGGGAAUGAUCUACACGCUGAUGCGCGUACUUGUUCUAGUGUAUGUUAUUGGAUAUGUAUUGGUUCAUUCAAAAAGCUAUCAGUCAAUCGAUGAACCCGACAGCAGCAUCAUUUCUAAAGUAAAGGGCAUCUUAAGGCGUCACCGGAAUGGGCGAGAAGAAGUCUGGGACAGCCAAGAUUACGUCAUUCCACCAGUGUUGGGAGUUAAACCAUUGGAGAGGACCAUUAAACAUCAAGUUUUGCCCAAGGAUGAGUCGCUGAAACUAUUGACCAUUCACCUUCAAGUGAACAUGCAUGAUAUUGGCUCUGGAACGGGAGAAGGCAGAGAUUGCACCCGGGAUUCUCACUGCACGCGAGAUAAGGAGGUCAAAUACGGAAACGGCAUCCAAACCGGGAUUUGUAACCGAACGACCUCCACUUGCCAAAUUCGUGGUUGGUGUCCGGUUGAAGUGGACACACCUCCCAGUAAACCAACCCUAAGCGGUUUCGACACCGUCACCAUCAUGGUCAAAAAUUAUAUCAAUUUUCCCAGAUUCGAUGUGCGCAGAUCCAAUAUGCUGUCACACUUCUCAGCAGAAUACUUAAAAGAGUGUCGCUACCACCCAAAGGACGAUCCAUAUUGUCCAAUUUUUCCUCUAGUACAAAUUGUAAAAGAUGCCGAGAAAGAUCUCGACGUGGCCAAGAUAGCCGUUAAGGGAGGAGUGAUCUCUUUCAACAUUGAGUGGAAAUGCGAUCUUGACUAUGAUGAGGAAUAUUGUCGUCCUAAAUACUCUUUCAAGCGUUUGGAUGACCAGCAUGCUAAAGUUAGCACCGGCUGGAACUUCCGGCAUCCUUAUUACUAUUAUGAUCGCGACAAUGUUUUUCGACGAGAUGUGGUGAAAUUCUGGGGCAUUCGCAUAGUGUUCGAUGUACAUGGAAAAGCCGGGAGGUUUUCAAUAAUAUUGAUGCUCAUCCAUGUUGGCUCUGCCAUGGGUCUGUUUGGAAUUGCAUCCAUGGUGUGCGAAUUCUUGCUGAAUUCGUGCAUGAUAACGCCGACUCUGGAUGACCAUAAAACAUUGCGCUUAGAAGAACUUUUGGAAUCAAUACGUCCUCCUCGGCCGAACAGUCCACGACUGAGCAUGCAACGACAGAUCACUACCACCGAUUCCUUCCAGCUGCGCGAAAAACUCCUGAAGCCAUUCAAGACGGACUCCUACGACAACGGCAAAGUUAACACGUGGAUCGACCGUGAUACGCGGACAUCGGCUACUUCACUGGCUUCUGUGAAGCCGGUAGAAACGUAUAUCGAUAUGGAACCGGUACAUGAUACGUGGCACCGACCGCAUAGUGCUCCCACAUCGCCCCUCUAUGACGCCCGGACAGAGACUCUGCGCAACUUAUCACCGAAUCGGGAGCCACGACGACCCCCAGACUCCCUGAAUGUAUUAGUCAACCGCAACGCGGUUAUGAAUGAACUGCGAAAUCCGUACCGGCAUAGGAAUCAGGAACAAUACUGGGUGUAAACUACCGGUAGAAUAUUUUGUACGUAAUCGUAACGGAGUUUGACGUUCGUCGCAAGAAUCUUGCCGGAUGCAAAGAUUUUUCUUGUUAGAUUCCAAUGAAUCAAUAAUUUUUUGGUAUUUUGGAAUUCUCUAAAACACCUCCAGCUGUCUUAUUCAGUAUUGUAUUUAUCCUGGAGAAGUACCAUUAGGAGCUAUA